UUAUUUUUGCUCAUUUCUGCAUGUUUGCUUCUUUUUUUUUUCUGAUUGCUUCUAAGUGUAAAGCUAAAAUUUUGCUUGGGCAUUAAAAUUGGAAUAUUAUAAGAGGGUUUUCAAUAAUAGACAAAAAUCUUUAGAUAUCUGCAAGAUUUUGAAAUUUUUCUAUAAUAACAAAGCUGCAGAGCUUUUCUAAAUCUUAAAUUAUACCAGUAGGUUUGCACACAUUUGCGUGUUCUAUUCUGUGUUUAUAUUUCCAUGCCCGUCUGCGGAUUGCACACAUGCUCAGCCGGUGUACCACUAUAUCUGGCCACUGAACUUUGUCCCACUUGGUGACUGUUCAGUCAUAUGACAUGGAAAAAGAAAUACUAGACCUGCUGCCCCCAACCAUUAUAUGGACUGCUAUGGGAAGUCCUGAUAUUUUUGUUAAGAAUUAAGGAAGGUCAUCGUAUUUCUCAGACAAAGACUGAACCCUUUCAACCUUCAGUGUAUUUAUUUUGCAUUUAGACACCUGUUAAACUUCUGCCAGUGACCCACCUUAUCACAUUAUGAGCAAACAGGACAAAUAGAGCCGCUUUCUUUAAAACUGCUGUCAGUCACAUCUGUGAAAGAUUGUUUUUUUUUCUUGAGGUUAACUGUGGUAUGAUCAGCCUAUUUGUUUGUAUAACAACAGUUAAUGAAAUACCCAAUGUUUAGUCAAACCUGGGCAUGGCCCAAUGGGGAAAGAAAUGAGGGAAAUGAGGAGGGAGUUCAGUGGCAAGUGCUGAAAAUCAGUCUGUAAGUCUCUCAGUGACGACCUUUCAAUGGACUAGUAAUAAGUAGGCAUGAUUCAAAAUUGGGAUCUUUACAGAUAUAGCUUAUUUUUUCUGUGGAAAAUAAUUUAGAGUGUGUUAUCACCAUGAAGUCGUAAAUCUCUGAAACCUUUAACAACCACUAUUCAGAUUUUCAUUUUUUACCUGGCAUCCAGUGGUUAAGACAGGUGCCAACACCCUCUAGGCCUGUGUGGGACUUUAAACAACAAAAGCAGAACACAGAGAUGGCUGAGGCACAUCAGGCGGUAGGCUUCCAGUUCACUGUGCGCCCAGAUGGUGUGGACUUUAAACUGAGCCAAGAAGUCAUCAAAAAUAUCUACCUAUCAGGAGUGACAGCAUGGAAGAAGAAAGCCAUUCAAUUCAAGAAUGGUGUAUUGGCAGGAGUCUACCCUGCCAGUCCCUCCAGUUGGCUAAUAGUUGUAAUUGCCAUGAUGAGCUCUUUAUAUAUUCACAUAGACCUGUCUCUGGGAAUGAUGGAUACCAUCAAGGAAAACCUACCAUAUCGAGACUGUAUGUCAGUACAGACACGAGCAGUGCUGAGUGCCAUCCUGUUUGCCACAGGACUGUGGCUGUUCCUCAUCUACCUCCUGAGAUACACUCUUAAAGCUCUUCUGUCCUAUCAUGGAUGGAUUUUUGAGUCCCAUGGAAAAAUGAGUACAUCAACUAAAGUGUGGCUGUGCCUGGUAAAGAUGUUUUCUGGACGCAGACCCUUGCUCUACAGUUUCCAGGCCUCCUUACCCAGGCUUCCUGUGCCCAGUGUGGAUGAUACAAUUCACAGGUACCUUGAGUCAGUUCGACCUCUGCUGGACAAUGAGCAGUACAAUAAAAUGGAGCUUUUGGCCAGUGAUUUUAAAGAAAACAAAGCAGCCCAACUGCAGAGAUGCCUAAUCUUAAAAUCAUGGUGGGCAACAAAUUAUGUAAGUGACUGGUGGGAGGAGUACAUUUACCUCAGGGGCAGGAGUCCUAUCAUGGUCAACAGUAACUUCUAUAUAAUGGACCUCUUGUACGUGACCCCAACACACCGUCAGGCUGCAAGAGCAGGAAAUGUGGUACAUGCCAUGUUGCAAUACAGACGCAAACUGGAACGUGGUGAACUUGCACCGCUGAGGGCUUUGGGGACUGUUCCUAUGUGUUCUACUCAGAUGGAGAGGAUGUUUAACACCACUCGCAUCCCUGGCAUUGAAACAGAUUUUGUGCAGCACCUGACUGAUCGGAAACACCUGGUUGUCUUCCACAAGGGUCGGUUCUUCCAGGUGUGGCUUUACACUGGAGGCCGUCACCUUUUGCCCAGUGAACUUGAAACACAGUUUCAAAGGAUUCUCAAUGAUACAUCAGAACCUCAACCAGGAGAGCUCAAACUAGCUGCCCUGACAGCAGGAUACAGGGUUCCAUGGGCUCAGGCUCGGAUAAAAUAUUUUAGCCAAGGCAUAAACAAAGUAUCCCUGGAUGCAAUCGAGUCAGCUGCCUUCUUCCUGACAUUGGAUGAUGAGCCGCAGGGUUACGAUCCUGCAAAGACCAACUCACUUGAUAGCUACACCAAGUCCCUGCUGCAUGGAAAAUGUUAUGACAGGUGGUUUGACAAAUCUUUUACAUUGAUCUCUUAUCCAAAUGGAAAAAUGGGUGUAAAUGUUGAACAUUCUUGGGCUGAUGCACCAAUUGUAGGACACAUGUGGGAGUAUAUUCUAGCAACAGACUGCUUCCAUCUUGGAUACACUGAGGAGGGACACUGUAAAGGGGAUGUGAACAAAAACCUGCCUCAUCCCACUCGACUACAAUGGCAGAUUCCAAAUGAGUGCCAAAAUGUCAUUGAAACGUCAUACCUCUCAGCCAAGCAGAUAGCUGAUGAUGUGGACUUCCAUGGCUAUCUGUUUGCUGAGUUUGGAAAAGGCCUGAUCAAGAAGUGCAGAACAAGCCCUGAUGCCUUUAUUCAGCUGGCCUUGCAGCUGGCCCAGUUUAGGGACCAGCGUGUGUUCUGUCUGACGUACGAAUCAUCGAUGACACGUAUGUUCAGAGAUGGGCGGACAGAGACAGUGCGCUCCUGCACUUCUGAGGCGGUUGCAUUCGUCAGAGCCAUGGAGGACGCUGGUGCGACGAAUGCCCAGAGACUUGCCCUGUUUCGGAAAGCAGCAGAAAAGCACCAAAACAUGUAUCGUCUGGCCAUGACUGGUUCUGGGAUCGAUCGUCACCUUUUCUGUCUCUAUAUAGUAUCUAAAUACCUUGGUGUUGACUCACCAUUUCUUACUAAGGUGCUUUCGGAGCCCUGGAAGUUGUCCACCAGUCAGACUCCACAGCAGCAGCUCAAUUUAGUUGACAUCAACAAGUUCCCGAAAUAUGUGUGUGGUGGGGGUGGAUUUGGCCCUGUAGCUGACGAUGGUUACGGUGUGUCUUAUAUCAUUGUUGGGGAAAACCUCAUCACAUUCCACAUCUCCAGCAAGUUCUCCAGUCCUGACACAGACUCAUAUCGGUUUGGUCAGCAUAUUCAAAAGGCCAUGCUUGACAUCCAAGCUCUCUUCAAGCCUGAAAAUGAUAAGACAGCACAGAAUGCAAAGUAUGUCCAUCUGGAAAAUGGGAAAAAGCACAUAUAACAGAGAGUGUGGCAGGGUAGGUUGGAUGUGGAGCACAUACAACCUGUGACUCAGUCUUCAUUCAUAAAAAUAAAACAAGGCUCUGGUGACAGGUUGGGCUGCUGUGGUGAGUCUCAGCUUGGCAUUCCUCUCAGACAAAAACAAUAUUUAUUACACAUCUAUGUUUUUCCUGUUUAUAUUCAGGGAUAAAGAAAUGUAUUUCUUUUUACACAAUAGUUCCUCACAUACACAUACCACCCUCACUGUAUAUAAAUCCAAUGUAAUGUAAAUAAAGCUACAAUAUGUAUUUAUUCAUGAUCUUAUGAAAGCUGUAAAUAUAUCUGCCAAUGUGUUCUUGUAUUUGCAGAUCUAAAUUAUUUGUUACGUGCCUGUAUUUAAGAAUUUGCUGUUGAUUUUAAGGCGGCUGUCAUUAGUGAUUAAAAAUAUAACACACUAAAUGCAACUAAUGCAUAACUAGUGCAGUCAUCAUCAGUGAUUUCUGUGGCACUGCUGUGGAAGAUUGGAAAAUUCAGUUUGAAAUGAUUACAUCAGCUGUGUGUGUGUAUAGAUAGACAGAUAUAUGACAUAGUGUAGGGACUGAAAGAGGCAUGACAGAGCAGCAAUGCACUGACAGGUCUUAGUGAGAGCUGUGGGAAAUUUGCUGUCAAAAUUAGGAGAUUGUGUUCAGGAGAGUGAAUUGUCUCCUUAAACUCUUGUGCAAGCAUUGCUCCAUGAAUACAAAUCAAUAGAAAAUAGUUCAUCAUACUGGUAAAUUUGUGGAUGACAUACAGUAUUGUGCAAAAGUCUUAAACCAGCCCUAAUUUCUUUAUAUUUGGCUUCCAAGGACCCAGGUGUAUUUGUAAUUACUUUAAGUAGUCUUGAGCUCCGAAAGAUUUCUGAAGAUCAUUCAAAGUUUUUCUGUGGACACUGGCUGCUUUUUCACUAUGUUUCUGUUUUGUUUUUUUUGU